AUGGAGGAGGAGAAGACGAAAGCAUGCAACGAUUGCGGAAGUGGUACCGGCUUCGACAGCGAUUCUCUGACUUUGCUUGGUCAGUCGCCAGGGGACUUGCCUAGCUACCAGCCGGUUUGCCUCUGGGAAUCAGAGAAGAACAACAAAAUGGAAAGAGGAUGUUGUGAAGAGUCUGGCCUAACCACCAUCCGUUCGUCAUAG